GCAAAGUUGAAAACCCAUAAACCCUUCUUUUUCUCAAUAUUUUUCUGUUUCGACAAAAUGAGCUUCUCUGCUUCACUCUCCCAUGGCAUCUCCCUGCAGUUUUCGUCAUCCUUCCAUGGCGAACCUUUAUCAUCAAAAUCAAUUGUCUUCAUCUCCUCUCCUUCGUCUUCUUUCUCUGGGAAACAGUCUCGUUUUCCAAAGAAGCUGGUUGUUUAUUCCAAGAGAAGAUCCGGUUUAGAAGAAGCCAUGAGAAUACAGAGAGAGAGUGAACUCCAAAGUACAAGAAAGUUUAGAAGAAGGCCACCUUUGAGGCGAGGAAAGGUAUCACCACGUCUCCCUGUGCCUGAUCACAUACCAAAGCCUCCUUACGCGGGUUCAUCUCUAUUGCCAGAACUUUCAAGUGAGCAUCAGAUUCAUGAUGCCGAAGGCAUUGCCCGUAUGAGGGCUGCUGGUGAGCUUGCUGCUCGUGUCUUGGACUAUGCAGGAACAUUAGUUAGGCCAUCAGUGACAACAGAUGAAAUUGACAAAGCAGUCCACAAAAUGAUCAUUGAGGCUGGUGCCUACCCUUCACCUCUUGGCUAUGGAGGAUUUCCCAAGAGUGUAUGUACUUCAGUGAAUGAGUGCAUGUGCCAUGGGAUACCUGAUUCUCGCCAGCUACAGGAUGGGGACAUAAUAAACAUUGAUGUGACUGUCUACUUAAAUGGUUAUCAUGGUGACACAUCAAAGACAUUUCUUUGUGGAAAUGUCAGUGAUGAACUUAAGUGCCUUGUGAAGGUAACUGAAGAGUGCUUAGAGAAAGGCAUAGCUCUUUGCAAAGAUGGUGCUAGUUUCAAGAAAAUUGGAAAGAGAAUCAGUGAGCACGCUGAAAAAUAUGGCUAUGGUGUGGUGGAGCGUUUUGUUGGACACGGUGUAGGGACUGUUUUUCAUUCUGAACCAAUUAUCAUGCAUCAUCGCAAUGAAAAACCUGGGGUCAUGGUUGAAGGGGAAACAUUUACCAUUGAACCGAUUCUUUCAAUGGGAAGCAUUGAGUGUGUUACUUGGCCUGACAACUGGACAACUUUGACCAAUGAUGGGAGUCCUGCUGCACAGUUUGAGCAUACUAUCCUAAUUACUAGAACUGGUGCGGAAAUUUUAACAAAGUUUUGAUUUUUUUUUAAAAUUAAUUAUUUUUCUUCUGCCAUUAGCUAUUCCAAUACAUGAAUUUGUAGUGCUGGAUACAAAUAAGCAUCCAUUCAUAUGCCUCCUUCCCUAUAAAACGUAGAAUAAUGGCAUGCUACUGGAAACCAGUUCAGAAAAGCUUUUGAUUCAUUUAACAAAAUUAAUUGCAAUUGCCUAAAAACAAUAUAUGUUGUAAUGUACCUAGGACUAGUUUAUCACCUACCAUUUUGGUAAGCAAAUGGUACAUAUUGUAUUUGACCAAUAGCAUUCCAAUUGUCAUUAUUUCUUUCUCAUAUUUAGUUAGGUGUGUGAAUUCAGCUAUUGACUCUUAUUUCUAAUUCUCACCGGUUCUUUUGAAAUCAUAGUUGAGUUCUUUAAUAAACUAGUUACUUAUGAGCUGGUCGGUGCGGAUCCAACCUGUCUUCAAUUUGGAAGAAAAGCACCUUUCUAGG